GGGGAGGGAUAGGAAGGCUAUAAAGGCAGAGUGGAGGCCUGUUCUGGGGAGCACACCCCCUGGUCACAAAGAACUUGCUCGCUGCGUGUGGAUCUGUCAUACUACUGGAGUGACAGCACGUCGGGGCAGAGGAAUCUCCAGCCCAUGAAACACAGCAAUGGCUAAGGUCUUCAGGAAAAGGAGUGUCAACGGGUCGAUCUCCCUCUACCUGGGCAGGAGGGACUUUGUGGACCGUAUAGACACAGUGGACACUGUGGAUGGGGUGGUAAAGGUGGACCCAGCAGAGCUGAAAGGGAGAAAAGUAUUGGUACAGCUGGCUUGUGCUUUCCGCUAUGGCCGAGAUGACCUGGAUGUGAUCGACCUCUCCUUCAAGAGACACAUUUGGAGCCAAACGAUUCAGGUCUACCCUGCGACGGGUGAGGCUGAUCUGGCUACCACACCUACUCAGGAGAUCCUGGUGAAGAAGGCUGGGGACCAGGGACACCCCUUCACCUUCACACUUCCAAAAGAUCUGCCCUGCUCUGUUUCUAUUCAGCCUGCAGCACGGCAUGCUGGGAAGCCUUGUGGCGUGGACUUUGAGGUCAAGGCGUACAUUGGAAAUGAGCAGGAUGGCCUGAAAGAGAAAGAGGACAACAUAGAUAGCUGCAGCUUCAUCAUUCGUAAGAUCCAAUACGCCCCGAGCCGGACCAGCGCGGGACCCAGGGCCAGCAUCAAAAAGAGGUUCCUGAUGUGCACCAAGGCCGUGUUCCUGGAAGCGUCUCUGGAUAAGGAGGUCUACUGCCAUGGUGAGCCAAUCUCCAUCACAGUGAAAAUCAACAACAACACCGGCAAGGUAGUGAAGAAAAUCAGAAUAACCAUUGAUCAGACCACAGAUGUCCUGCUGUACUCCGCAGACAAAUACACCACAUCGAUCCUGUAUGAGGAAUUUGCAGACCAAGUCCACGGCAACACAACUUUCGAGAAGGUUUAUCAAGUAACUCCUCUUCUGGGCAACAACAAAGACAAGCUUGGCUUGGCCCUAGAUGGCAAACUGAAGGACGAGGACACCGACCUGGCCUCUACCACGCUCAAACGGCCUGGCAUGGAUAAAGAGAUCCUAGGAAUCCUGGUGUCCUACAAAAUCAAGACCAUCCUCAUGGUGUCUCGAGGUGGCCUCUUGGGAGACCUCACAGCAAGAGAUGUGAGUGUGGAGCUACCCCUUGUCCCGAUGUCCCCCAAACCAGCAGGUGAGAAUCUCUCUUGUGAAAAUCAGGGAACCUGAACAUGGAUGUGCUUUCAACUGAAUAAACAAAAUGUCUUUGAAAUAAAGUAUAUACUGAACGAGAAAUACUGUGUUAGUGUAGCAUAAUAGCACUGAGUGCAGAGUGUUCUUUUUCAUUCAGGCUAAAAGUGUUUCUGUUUUGUUAUUGUGCAGAUGCUUUUUGUCUGCUGCUCAGCUAUUGCUAGUGGUAACCAUGUGCUCUCUCUCUCUCACUGCUGAUCACUGCAUGAAGAUAUGUAAGUAAAAAUUCCAUAUAUGGCAAAGCUGUCACACCAACGAUGAAGACAUUGACGACACAAGGCAUCAGGAUAUCAGCACACCUGACAGCCGUAUAGCAUAGCAUGAUUGGGCAUCUUAAGUCAUAAUAAUAUGACGAGUAUUUUAUGAAGAGCAAGGAGACUGCAGAAGACAUAGCUGCCCCCUCCUGUGUGAGCCUCACAUGACACGGGGGGAGCUGGAGUGUGGCCAUCUUCACUCUAACCUUCAGGCACAGGGAGCUUAGAAAAUUGAAGACAACAGAUGGAGAAAUGCACAUCAAACUGCAGAAGCAAAAGAAGAGCCAGACACCAAGCGGGGGGCAGGCAGAACGCCGGGCAGUACUGAGAAAUGAAAGCAGCCACACACCCUACGACAGGGCUGCCAAUUCUCACGCAUCUGGCGUGAUACUCCUGCUCUCUGGCUCUCAUGCUCAAAUCUAUAUCAUUCAAUUACAAACCUAAAAUUAGCGACGUCAAAAGUGUUGGGGUCAUUUACAAACCCUGCCGACUGUUUUCAAGGUAAUAAAACUGUUACAUACAUGUAAA